AUGCUGCGGUUCCUGCGCCGGACCUUUGGCCGCCGCUCCAUGCAGCGCUACGCGCGGGGCGCGGCGGGGCGCGGGGCCGCCGGGCUGGGGGACGAGCGUGACGGGGGGCUCCGGGGGGGCCCGGCUGUCGCCGCCGCCUCCUCGGCCCUGCCCGCUGCGCCCGGGGGCAGCGUGUUCCCGGCCGGUGGCGGACCCCUGCUCACGGGUGGCGCGGCCGUGCACAUCUCCGCCGCCGGCGCGGCCAAGGCCACCCUCUACUGCCGCGUCUUCCUGCUCGACGGGACCGAAGUGAGCGUGGACCUGCCGAAACAUGCCAAAGGCCAGGAUUUGUUUGAUCAGAUUGUGUACCACUUGGACCUCGUGGAAACAGAUUACUUUGGCCUCCAGUUCCUCGACUCUGCCCAGGUCGCGCACUGGCUGGAUCAUUCUAAACCUAUAAAGAAGCAGAUGAAAAUUGGACCUGCAUAUGCUUUGCACUUUCGAGUUAAAUACUAUUCUUCAGAACCGAACAACCUUCGAGAAGAGUUUACAAGGUACCUGUUUGUUUUACAACUCAGGCAUGACAUUCUUUCUGGAAAAUUGAAGUGCCCCUAUGAAACAGCUGUGGAACUAGCUGCUCUCUGUCUGCAAGCAGAGCUUGGGGAAUGCGAGCUUCCAGAACACACACCAGAGCUUGUGUCUGAGUUUCGGUUCAUUCCAAAUCAGACAGAAGCAAUGGAAUUUGAUAUCUUCCAGAGAUGGAAAGAGUGCAGGGGAAAGAGCCCUGCCCAGGCGGAACUCUCCUAUCUGAAUAAAGCGAAGUGGCUGGAAAUGUAUGGGGUAGACAUGCACGUUGUCAGGGGAAGAGAUGGCUGUGAAUAUUCUCUUGGACUGACCCCGACAGGCAUAUUAAUCUUUGAAGGAGCUAACAAAAUAGGCUUAUUCUUUUGGCCUAAGAUUACUAAAAUGGAUUUUAAAAAGAGCAAACUGACACUCGUGGUGGUAGAGGAUGAUGAUCAGGGUCGUGAGCAGGAGCACACCUUUGUGUUCCGGUUGGACAGCGCCCGUACCUGCAAGCACCUCUGGAAGUGUGCAGUAGAGCACCACGCCUUCUUCCGCCUGCGCACACCUGGGAAUGGCAAGUCCAGCAGAUCCGACUUCAUCCGGCUGGGCUCCCGCUUCCGGUUCAGUGGGCGGACAGAAUAUCAAGCUACACAUGGCGCCAGGUUGCGAAGGACCAGCACUUUUGAGAGGAAGCCUAGCAAACGUUACCCAUCCCGGAGACAUUCCACGUUCAAAGCAAGCAACCCGGUGAUAGCUGCUCAGCUCUGCUCUAAAACAAAUCCUGAGGUUCAUAAUUACCAGCCUCCGUACCAUCCUAAUGUCCACUCCAGCCAGCCCCGGUGGCACCCUCACUCUCCGAAUGUCAGCUACCCGCUCCCCUCCCCUUUGCUCAGCCCCUCGGACCGGCUGCCUUUUGGCAUUGAGGAGAAUGGGGGCACACCAUUCCCCCCAAAAGCUGCUGGAAGACAUCACCACCAGCACCAGCAUCAUUCCAACUACGGCCUCUCGCUGACUCUGGAGAACAAGGAGGGGCCAUUGAGGUCCCCGAACUCGAGCAGCAAGUCCCUUACCAAACUGAGCCCAGGAGGACCUGCCCUGUUCAGCGAAGCUGCUGCCCAUCUCAAGAAGCUGGAACUAGAGACAGUGAAGGCUGCUGGGCCGUGGCCUGCUCUACACAUCAACAUCAACAAGGCUGAAGAGAAGAAAGUUUCUGAGAAGACCCUGCAGUCCCCACUGCUGCCUUCCCCAGUGGCUGAGCAUGUUAAGUGCAACAUCUUGAAGGCACAGUUGGAGAAUGCUUCCCGGGUGAAUGCUCAGAUUGGAAAAGAGGAACCAACGUUCAUAAAUAUCAGUAAGAAAUCCAGUCUUCAGGAUGCUAACGUGAGAAGUCCUAUCCCAAUACGUGUGGAAACGGCCCAACCAGCUGUGGAAAAACCAGAAAUCAAGCCUCCCCGUGUGAGGAAGUUAACAAGACAAUAUAGUUUUGAUGAAGACGACCUCCCUCCAGACCUGGCCGAGGCUGUAGGAGCCACAACCACAAAUACCACGACUGCCGCCACUCAAGUCUCAGUGCCGCUGGCGUCCCCCAAGGUCCCGAAAGUCACCUCACCUCAGAAGUCAGAAGGCAAGAGUCCACUGUCCCCGGGGGCCAAGAGCCCCUCUGAUGGAGCAGGCGCCUUCACUUUGGAGCCUGGUGACCUUCUGAUGGAUUUCACAGAAGCGACACCUCUGGCAGAGCCCGCCAGCAACCCCCACUGUGCCCACCCUCGCUGCUCUCCUCCACUCUCUCUCCCCAUGAAGGAAGAGACCACUGGAGUUUGCAUGUAUCCUCCAAUCAAAACGAGGCUGAUAAAAACAUUUCCGGCUGACCCACUGAGCCCGUUUCCUGAUCCUUUUACUACAGGGCCACCGUUUACCGCAGACUUUAGAGACAGUAAAUUACAAUGCUGUCCUGGCCAGUCUUCCCCACUGAUUCCAGCAGCGACCCUGAGGCCUUUGACAGAGACCGUGUCCACAGUGCAGACCAUCUACACCACCCGGAAGCCGGUCUCCCUGGCAGCCAGUGCUGAGACACUCCGGCAGGAACUGGAGAGAGAGAAAAUGAUGAAAAGACUGUUGAUGACUGAACUGUGAAACUCCCCUUUUGUCGCCUGGAAGAUGGCAUGGUGCCUUCUGUCCAUUUCCUUUCUCGGGGCCCUGUGUGCUCACUAGAGCACAGCACACAGUGUGUGCUCUGAUUGCCCAGGUCUCCACGGCUAGCUAGCAGAAGCCCAGUGGGGGCAUAACUUUUGUUGGAGAAGUUAUUUUGUGUCUCCUGAGCAUUAGACAUUUGCUACUGCUCAGUAUAGUGGAGACAGGAUUUGGUAAGUCUAGGAGUAGCCAGAGGGGAAAGCAGAAAUUCCUGCUCUGAAGUAUCUGUGGGCAUCUGUCAGUACCACAGGGGUUAACAGAUGGAAUCUUUGGCUACAAUCUCAACCAUGUGAUUUUGUAUGAUUGACACUUGCACCAAGCUUUGACUGUUUGUUAAAAGGGUCAUUUUUAAUGAGAGAAUAAUUCUUUACUGAUGGCUUUUCUCAUUUACACUGAUAAAUACACAGAUCUUAUAAAGUCCUUUAUUUUUAUUCAGACUUGAGUAGAGGAACUAAAGAAAUGAAGCUCCUUAUCACCACGACAGGAAAGCCCUUCAGCUUAAUCUGAAAUAGAAUGUGUGAACUUUGUUAGAGAAAUAGAAUCUACCAUUGGAUCCCAGGUCAGAAAUUCUAGCUUAUAUUAUUUUAAAUUGUCUUACAAGGUUAAGAGGAUUUGAUAUCAAGAAGAUUCCUUUGGGUUUUCCGGAAAGGAAAAUUGUUUCUCAAGUUGAUCAAUUCAUGUCCUAUUGAUAGAAACCUGACCAGAAGAAACUUUACUCCCUUUUUUAUAUAGUUUCAGAGAUGUGUUUUUAAAUUUUUAUUAUGCAUUUGAACAACUUUGCAGGAAUAAAGGAACCCCCAACCACAAGCUCUCAAAAUGACUCCCCUAGCUUUCUCAGUGAAUAUGCACACGUUUUUACAUAGCUCUGAUCAGUGCAUACAUGCUCUUCAUUCCUCCCUAGCUAACACUUAGCUCCUUAAUAGACAGAGCCUACUCUCACCAACUGAAAUGUCUUUAUAUCCAUGGAACAUGGUUAAUCUCACUUCUCCUCAUUAUUACAUAUUUGAGUUAUAUCCAACUUUUUCACUCUUAUAAAUAGUGCUGCUAUGAAUGUCUUUGUAAAUUAAAAAAAAAUCUGUUCCUUCCUUUGGAUUAUUAUUCUCUUUGGGAAUAUCUCCAAAGAGGGAUUAUAAGGUCAAAGAGCAUGAAGUAUUUUAUAGCUCUUGUUUUAUAUUGCCAGAAUGCUUUCUAGAAAGAGCCAAUCUUUGGGUUGGAAGGACCUUAAAGGUCAUCUAGUUUAACCCCUUACCACCCUGAAUGCUUGAAUCCCCACAACAAUUUAUGAUGCCACCAGCAAUGUAUCAGCAUUUCUAUUUACCAAUAGCUCUGCCAGUGUUCGGUUUUGCCAUUUUAAUUUAUUUUUUGCUAGUUUAAUAUAUGUGUAUAGCUGUUCUUGAGAAGUUUUUUUUUUCAUUAAUUGCUAGCAAGGCUAAGCACUUUUUCAUGGGAUGAUUUACUAGUUGUAUUUCCUUAUGUGUAAACCAUCCAUCCAUUUCUUACGAUGGCUUGCUUGUUAAGUGGAAUUGAUCUCAUACAUUUGUAUCAGAACUGUAUUUUUAUGUUGUUUUGUAUAAUUUGCUCUCCUGUCCCUUUCCUUACAAAUGAAUGGUGCCAAUAAUUUGAUACUAAUGACUAUAAAAAAAAAAGCAAUGCCUCAUUUACUAGCUUUGCUGUAAGUGAGGUAUAUAGCAAAUAUUCAGAUAACCAAGGAGUAACCCUUUAAGUGCUGACUCUUUAAAAUUUUAAUAUUUUUUGAGGGAAAUCUUUCUAAGGUGUAUUACACAAUUGCCUGCCUUAGUAACUAGUAUACUGGAGAGUAUUUAAUCUUUUCUUGGUGAACCAUGAUCAUCAUUAUAAACACAAGUCCUUUUUGUACCUUGGUAUGGUACAGUGAUGUCACCAGGCACUAUCAGGAAGUGCAGGGCUUCGCUUGGCCUUUGAUAGGCUGUGAUGCUCUUUCCAUUCAUGGCUUUUUACUGCUGUCUGCUCUAUCAGUGGAAUUAUCUGGGGCAAUUGUACUUUGGGGAGGCCUUUGCCCCCCACCCCCUUCCCUGGCGCACUCCCCGCUAUACUUGUAAAAUGGCUUUAGCUAGCCUUUCUCUCAUGUUUCCAGCACAAAAUGUGUUCCUGUGGAACAUGGGGCUGUCACCUCCUACCAAUCCAGCAGCCACUUCCCUUUCCACACUGCUUUGUGAGGUGCGUACUUCCCACCUCCUGCUCUGUAAUGGAACCCUCCAGGACAUGUGGAAGGUCUCUUGGGGAGCCAGGAAACAUGUAUUUUGUAUUUCACCGGCGACAGGUUUGCUUUUGCUUCUGAGGAGGGAUGCAUGAACUUCUUGGCUGCUGUUUUCCAGGAGGCUGUGAGUCUCCUGCUUUGUCCUCACUUCCCCCCUGGGUUCACAAAUGUUUCAGAAGUGUGAUAUCACUGAAAGUCUGAGCACAAAUAAGUUGGCUGUUGCUGUAUAUGGAAACCCAGUACCUUUGGCAGCUCACCUCUAAACAGUAAAAUCUUGAGGAUUCCAUUGUUGAAGCUGUUUGUCCUGGUUAUUUACCUUCUUCCAAUGAAUGAUGGGUGCCCAGCAUUGUUAUCUGACUCUGUACUGUGUAGAUUCACAGCGACUAAGGGGAAUUGCACAAUUGCUCCACCAGUUUCAUGUACCUGAACCAAAACAACAACACCAUAAUAUCACAACAACACACAUCUUAGGUUCAAGAGAAAACCUCCUAAACUCAGAUAAUCAUUCCGGAGCUAGGAGUCCAAGCUGUGGCUACAGAUUUCCUGGUGAGGGUGAUGGGUUAUUGCAAGAGUCUGGGCAUCCUCUACCUCAGGGUUUAUGGAUUGUGGACUGCAUAGAAGAUACUCAGGUGUGAAGAGUUUGAAAAGGAAGUCCUUGAGCUUUCAGAAGAUCCCACCAGGAUGUAUUCAGAAUUUGAUAUUCCCCAAAUAGUACAGGGAUAUUUUGAUGUCAUUGUUAUUUUCCUUCACCAUCUCAAAGAUCACAGCUUUUUUAAAUAAUCAAAUAAAAUUCACCAUUUUGAUCAUC